CCUUCAUUAUUAGGCCCACCAGAAGAAGAGGAUCUCUGUAUUUCAUCCCAUGGAUCUCAAACUAAUAUUAACACGAAAAAGAAAAAUAACAGCAAUAACAGUAAUAUACCAAGAAUACGACCAUAUGAUAUAUUAGAAGAAUUGGCAAUUAUAGAUUCUUCGACGAUUUACAAUACCAAUUAUAAAAUUAAUAAAAAAAAGAAAGAUAAAAAUAAAACAAAGCAUAGUACUAAUCAUAGUAACAAUAAUAAAUUUAAAGAUUUCACUAAAAAAGAAAGAAGAUUUCUGAAAACCAUAAAUACAAAACUUUCAAGAUAUUCUUCAAAUGUUUCAAGCAAUUAUAAAAAUAUUGAUCAAGAUUAUUUUGACAAAGUUAGAUUUCAAGAAAUUUCUUAUAAAUUUAGCAAAACAUAUUUUUGA